AUGGUACUCGUGCUCAACAACCAAAGAGUAAAACUGUGGAUGACGGCUACAUAUAUUAUCCACAUCAGCCAGAUGGAAUACAGUAUCAUCCUGCUUGGAGGACAGACAACGGGGAUCCCAAUCGAAUGGAUAGAACUUACCAUCGUUCGACGCAAUCUAACGCGGAUCUUGUCUACUUUUUCCAAGGUAGCUCGAAUAUCGUUUGCGCUAAACAUUUUGGCUAAUCAUGCCCUCCAAGGCGACGCCAUCUAUUAUUAUGGAGAUAGAGGUCCCAAUGACCAUGCGCCCGCUAUGGUUUAUAUCGACGGAGACGAUAAAGGAGACAUGGUUCUAUCUAAUUCAUCUUCGGCUCAGUAUCAACAACUACUGUGGAGCAAAUCCAACCUGGGUCCUGGUGACCAUGAAAUAGUUAUAAGCAAUGCGGGCUCUGAUGGGCAGGUUAUGGGCCUUGACUAUCUUGUUAUUGAAUCUGACCAUGGAUUUACUUCAGCAGGUGCUGGGCCAGCAGCUUCGAGCAUUCCACCUGAAGCAAUUAUUGUUGAUGAUAACGAUCUAAAUCUUAUUACUUAUACUGGAUGGGAUACCACUGUUUAUUCAUCUCGCGGCAGGUUUUUCCAUUACAAAAACACCAUGCACCGAACCAACCAACCUGGUUCAUUCCUCACCUUCAAGUUCAACGGAACAGCCGUUUGGUACAUUGCGGGCCUUUUCCCGGAUAAUGGGAUGGUGAAUAUCACUUUAGACAAUGAAUCAGCCGUAAUGAUCAAUGGCAGCUCUGGCUCAAAUGCUUCACUUACGCAGCGUAUUAUUUGGAAUGCAACAGAGCUGCCAAACCGUGAACAUACCGUAGUAAUCAAGCACCAAGACAUAGCAGGAUUACAUGUAACCUUGGAUUAUUUCAGCGUACCGCAGCCAGCACCAAGGGCCUCUCUUCCCAUCCCCGUCAUUGUCGGGAGUACACUGGGAGGUGCUGCCCUCUUGGCUCUGAGCAUAGUAUGGUACAUGCUUAUGCGACGUCGUCGAACCUCCAACGUUACGAUUGAUGACCAAUCCAAUUCGAAUCAUCUUAAUGACCGGCCUAGGCCCUUGUUUAAUCCCACCAAUGAAGCCAUGUCUCAGUCAUUAUCACUUCAACCUCAUUGGGGAUAUGUAACUGAGCCCUAUACUAAUCAAAUUGAAACGUCUUCCUCCUUUGUUAGCAACAAUCGCAUAAUGAGAAGUCACAAAAUUCGACCAUCUGAUAAUACCAACAGACUUGCUUAUGUCCCAGCCGCUGACACCUUGUAUGCAUCAGCAAGCUCCAUGCCGAGUCAUUAUGGAAGCGAGGUUACCAGGAGCGAGCCAGGUCUUGAUGGAAAUGAAGAACCACCAACAUACGAUCAAAUCAACAUUUAA